CUCUUCCCCAGACUCCAGGCUGACGUCAGCUGACUGUUUUGGCUGUACUGGGCGCUCCGGACACAGCGCUGCUGCUGCUGUUGUAAAAAUGCUGCUCUCCGUGCCGCCAAGGACAGGAUUCAACCCAUAUAACAGCUAUACCAGCAAAACCAGUAAAAAGCAGGCGUAUGCCUCCUCCACCCAGCAGAUGGCGCCGCCCAGUCCUAACACCACCACCAGCAGUAAUGGAGGCAGCAGUUUUGGGGACCAGCUGAGCAAAACCAACCUUUACAUCCGCGGCCUCCAUCCGGGAACCACAGACCACGACUUAGUAAAACUGUGUCAACCCUAUGGAAAAAUAGUGUCUACGAAGGCCAUCCUUGACAAGAGCACCAACAAGUGUAAAGGCUAUGGCUUUGUGGAUUUCGACAGCCCAACCUCCGCACAGAAAGCAGUCACGGCGUUAAAGGCCAUUGGAGUUCAAGCUCAGAUGGCAAAGCAACAGGAACAGGACCCCACUAACCUAUACAUCUCCAACCUGCCUCUGUCUAUGGACGAGCAGGAAUUAGAGAGCAUGCUCAAGCCCUUCAGUCAGGUGAUCUCCACACGCAUCUUACGUGACGCAAAUGGCACCAGCCGUGGAGUGGGAUUCGCCAGGAUGGAAUCGACGGAGAAAUGUGAGGCCAUCAUUCAGCAUUUUAAUGGCAAAUACAUCAAGACUCCUCCUGGAGUGGCAGUGCCUACAGAACCCUUGCUGUGUAAAUUUGCGGAUGGAGGACAGAAGAAGCGUCAGAACCAGGGGAAAUAUCAUCAGAAUGGGCGACAAUGGCUGAGAGAGGGCGAGACUGGUGGGAUGACGCUAACAUAUGACCCUAACCCUGCAUUACAAAAUGGGUUUUACACUCCUUCCUACAGCAUUGCUCCUAACAGACUAAUUGCUCAGACCUCUAUCUCUCCAUACAUGCACUCACCUGUAUCUACCUACCAGGUACACAAUCCGUCCUGGCUUCAUCACCAGUCUUACCUCAUGCAACCCACAGGUCCCGUCCUCACACCCACAGUGGAUCACACCAUGACCAUCCAACCCACUGCCAUAAUAGGGCCUCUUACACAGCAACUCAGUCAUCUAACCCUGGGCAGCCAAGGCACGUAUAUGCCUGCAAACUCAGCUAUGCAAGGGACCUACAUACCACAAUAUGCCCAAGUGCCUCCUUCAAAUGUUACAGCAGAGGAAAACAGCGUUCAACAGCAGCAGGUUGCCAUCGAGACACCCACAGAUCAUACAACAUACACCUACCAGCAUGGCAAGUGAAGAGAAGUGAUGGAGGACAUAGGAUAUAAAACCACGUCUCUCGACAUGGAAAGGAAUGGACAUUGUGAAAAUAAAUGAGAAGCAAACUCUCUUUCCAAGUGAAGGGAUGCCACCAUUUAUUGUGAUUUUUGUUUCAACCGAUAAUGAAGCUAAACCUAUUUUAGGGAGAGUUAAAGACUUGGAUUGAGAAAGCUACGACUACAAAAAUGUCAUGUUCACAAAAAGCAAAUAAGCUUUUUAACAAAGACUCACACACACAAAUGCACACACACUCCAAACACUUGAGAAAUUUUUUUUUUCUGCAACUUUAUUUUCUAAAACAUUCUGCUAAGUCAGAAUGAAACAAAGAAAAUGUUACAGCACCACAUGUUAUAAUUUUAAUUUGAUUUUAAAAAAGGAUUUUGUUGAGUGCUUUUAAACUAUUUGCUGCAGGAGGAAUUUUGUACAUAAAAACAAUGUUUUUGCAAAGA